UCCCUUCCCACUGCGCCCAAAGUCAUCGCAACCAUCCCGGGCUCAGCGCAUGGGUGCAGGCAGGCAAGAAACAUAGACAUGUAGAGGACCUGCCGCUGCCCAGUGGCGCUGUUUCGUGAAUCAAAUUGCUAUCAGGAGCGAAAAAAGCGAGAGAAGAGAGAAGUCUCGGAGAAAAUAUGACACACGAGUCGCGAUUGGCAUGUGAGACGGGCAAAACAACAAAAAUAUGAAGAUCUGAUGUGCGCAUAUCUACAUACAGACUAUGCGGUAUUUACGUAUACGUAUAUGAUAGGUGCUUACGCGUAGCAUCAUGGCAUGCGGCCGCGGGAUGACCUCGCGAACAGAUGCCCUGCCGUGCCCGGCAGACGCGCGUUAGUUAAGCCAAUGGCGAAAGCGGGGAAAUCAUCUGCUUCAUAGUGGUAGAUGGUCGUUGCCCAAAGUCACAAGGCACCUGCGAAAGUCGCUCGCAGUACUGAUUCGCCGUGGAGGAAGAGACGCGCGCUAUCGUCCACACCUGGCUCAAGACCUCCUCAAGUCUGCAAGAUAAUAUGCCAUGUCUGGAUUUGGACAGGCUGAAGAACCCGUGGGCUACAUGUUGGGGGAGAGGCCAACAACAAUGUCCAACUAUGUUGGAAGAGACGGCUCCGCCGGACACCAGAACAACAGAGAGCGAGAGAGAGAGAGAGAAAGAAAGAUAAGCACUCUUACUUCAGCACAUGCAAGAUGUGACGUGCACCAGAAGAGGCGCGCAGCACACUGCAAGAGGCGCGAAGCACACGGUGCAAGAGGCGCGCAGCACGCGGUGCCUGUGCUCAACAGCAACGAACGGGAGCACCAAGCGACGCGGCUGCACGGACGCCGAAAACAUGCUGUACAGGACAUGGUCAUCGCCAGAAGUCGUGGCAGCUCCUAUGGAGAAAGAGGAUGAGGAUGGGGGGCGUGAGGAAGUAGGACAAAGAGGAGGAGAGUGGACAGGGCGGAUGACGACUGCACGCAGGAGGAGGAGGAGGAGCAGAAGGCAGCGCGGAAGAGGAGGAGGAGGUGGAGCGGCCCCCAGCGGGACUGCUCAGCUCUGGAUUCUCAUGAUCGAGAGCUGGGCUUACACCGCGGCUGAGGGCUUGUGGUUAAUCUGCCGAUCCCUGCCUGCCCAGGGUGCGAAGGCGACUGAGGUAACAAAAAGGUUCGACUGAAACGUUCCUACCUGCAGGCGUUCGCACGCCCCGAACCUGGGAGACCACGGCUGCUGCUUGAGGAAACGCGUCAGAAAAAAAGUGUGCAGUUUGCGCUGGCGCGCCCCGGCUGUGCCUGACCGUUGGUCGAAUCGACGCUUCAGAAGAGAAUUCCUCUGGAAUCGAACUUGACCCUCAAAUUCGAAAGUGUAGCAGAGAUCCAUCUGUACUCGCACCAGUACGCGAACAUCAUCCAGACUCAUGCCAG